GUUACCAAGGCAUUCUCAAGGCAAACACUAGCUACAUAGCCCUGCUAGCCUAUCUGCUAGAUAAUCUUAAAGCUAUGAUAUAACCGCUGUUCAGCCUUUUGAUCGAAUUGCUCAUUUACUAGGAAAUACUUUACUGUAAAUCUCGCCCAACAUAACACAUUUUUUAUUCUAGACUCUUCACUGCGCGGCCUAAAUACGAGGCUGAAACCCCAUUUUUCUUAGAAUCUGCACAGUCUGCAAGCUAGCUAACUUAGUAACGUUGCCGUUAGCUCUACUGCCACCAUGGGUGACUUUGAGUUUAAUGAACACCAUCAGCAUGAAGUCAUUAAUUACAUGCGGUUUGCUCGUUCAAAGAGGGUCCUCAGACUCAAGACUAUUGACUCCUGCUUCGAAGAACUCAAAGACAGCAGACUGGUGGAGGAAACCUUUACAGUGGAUGAGGUGAGAGAGAUGCUGGAUGACCUGCAGGCAGUGGUACGUGGGGAGGUGGAAACCGAGCUCAUCAAUACAGCUCACACCAAUGUGCUGCUGCUCAGACAGCUUUUCUCCCAGGCAGAGAAGUUCUACCUUCGACUACAGACUGACAUCUCAGAGCUUGAGAAUAGGGAGCUGUUAGAACAAGUGGCUGAGUUUGAGAAGACUGACUUUAAAACCCCCGAUAAGAUGAACCAAGAAACCAGCAAACCCAAGUUAGCACCACUCAAUGAAGGUGGAGUGUCUGAACUCCUAAACAAGGAGAUAACAAGACUUCAAGAGGAAAAUGACAAGCUGAAAUCUAGACUGCGGACUUUAGAAACCCAGGCUAUGAGUGCUCUGGACGAGAAAACUAAAGCUGAAAGAGCUCUGAAAGACCUUCAGAAGGUGCAAAGUGAACAUCAGAUGAUGGCACACUCCCAGGAGAUUACCAGCCUAGAGGAUACGGUGGCAGCUCUGAAGGACGACUAUGAAAGGUCUCUGAGUGCCAACGCUGCAUCCCAGAAAGACCUGCAGGAGAACCUGAUCUCUUCAAAACAUGAGCUUCUGCGAGUACAAGAGCAGCUCACUUUGGCAGAAAAGGAACUGGAGAAGAAGUUUCAACAAACUGCUGCCUACCGCAACAUGAAAGAGAUUCUGACUAAGAAGAAUGAGCAGAUCAAAGAAAUUAGAAAGCGACUGCAGAGAUACGAGCCCAAUGAAUGAGUUCUACCCAAGGCAGCUGGUUUAACAGAUGUCCAGGGUGAACAACAGGACCAAAAUUUAUGACUGUGGUUUUGAGAAGAAACCAUCAGCUUCCACUGCUAUAUGACAAGACCGACAGAAAAAAGCAUUUUCUCAAGGAAUUGCUAUAAUCAUGUUUAUCUGGUUUCCUUAGUACUUAUUAGCUUGCAUAAAGGGCAGGAGCAGGGAGGCUGAUAGUACACAGAGCUGAACACACAAACUGAGUAGUAAUAAAAUGAUAGCCUUCUUCAGCUGUGCUUUUUUAUGUCUCAGUUUGGAGUUUAGACUUCCUUCAGUGCUCUAUGCAAUUCUGUUCAUGUCCCUGUUUGACGAGGCCUUGUCCAUUAGCUCAGCUGGAUGGAUACCUGUCUGUCUGAAGCUCUGCAGUCGUAUCUUUCAGAUGGGUAGAGGUUGGAUGUGAGUGUGGUAAAUGCUUACUGAUUUCUGCUAUUUUGCUUGAAGGGUCUUCAUGUAUGCAUCUCCUAAUCAAAAUACCAUACAUUAUCAAAUAUAAGGCUAAACCAGAUUGUUCUGUUGUAUUAACUGUUCCAAAGUUUCUAGUUUUUUUCCGCAUUUUUAAAACAAAACUGUUUUCAGUGAUGGGACUUUCUGUGAAAGUCCCAUCACUGAAAACAUAGCAGAAUGGUUUGUUUAUGCAUUGAAUAACAUGCUUAGUGAUGUAGAAUAAUUUCCCUACUUCCCCACACAAAUGGCAUAGACUAUUUUUAACUUUAACUGUGUGUUUUUUCGUAUUGCUGUGGGUGAAUGAAUGUAAGAGAAAAAAACAACUAUAUACAUGAUGUUCAUGAAGUAAUGCUCUUGUAGAGUGUGAUACAUCUGCCCUAUAUUACACUAGAUGUGGAUUUGAUUGUAUUGUGCAAAGGGGUAAUAAAAGCUAUUACUGAAUAAUA